AAAAUCGUAAAAGGUCAUAUUCGUCUCAAAGAAUUCGUCCAUAAUCUUAAUCCAAAUCAGAUCCUGUGACUUCUUCACCUUCCGUUCGGAUGGAGAUUCGAAUUUAUGAAAACUUUCAGCUUCAAAUUGUAAUUUUUUUGGUUAUAAGAUCUGGUAGAACGAGCUUGUUCGAGAAACGACAACGGCGGCUUCGACUUCCAACCACAAGUGCAAUCAAGCGAAAGAACUACUGUUGGAGGUAUGGCGAUGAACCAGGACUCACUAAUCAUUGUAGAAGGUACAUGUCAGAAUUUAUAGAGAAUUCAUGAAUCUUCUGUUCGUUUUGUAAUAUUGAUGACGCCGUAGAAUGCAUCUAUAGCUGCUGCUCAAUUGGAUGAUGGAUUGGAGGGGGAGGUUUGUUUACUUUGUUUAAUUGUGUAUAUUUAUGUGGAGAUGCGUGUUGUGUUCAUAACAAAAAGGUAUUAUGUUCAUCAUAACUUUCCAUGGUAAACACGUGGGUGACUUCUAUGGAAUUGAUUGGGCAUAUGGUGGUGUUUGUGAUUCACCAACGCACCAGAUGGAAAAUGCCUACGGAUCAAUCGCUCAACAGAAAAAUGAUGGUGGUAUUACUAUGUUAGAAAAUCUUCAGGGGAUGGAUGUGACUAGUUUUCAAGAUGCUGUAGAGCAUUCUGUGGGAAAUAAAUGUUCAAGGGACAAGGUGAUGGGGUCUGAUGACUUGUGCUCUCUACCUACACAUCAUGAUGAAAUUCCCCUUGCAGAUAAUAUUGAAGAGAUUAAUACCAUUGAUAUUGAGCGAGGUGUGGUGCAUUCUGAUGGAGAUCAGCCUCCCAAGGAGAAGGUUGGUGCAUCUAGAAAUGCAGAGAAUGAGGUGAAGUUAUUGUUAUAUUGGCCAUAGAUAUACAUAUGUUUUAUAUUUGGUGCUAUUAACUAAUCUUUUAGAAUUAAUAUAUAUGGAGAGUUGAUGUUGUGGAAGAAAUACCAAUGGAUGAUAUCAUAGUUGCGGAUGAUCUUGCUGUUGUGCCUUCGAAAAGGGAUAAAGGGAAAAGAAAGGUGAGUGUUGUCUAGUUUAAUGGGCCAAAGAAUAAUCACUUAUGUUUAUUGGUGAACAGAUGGUUUCUGCCUCUACUAAAGAAUUUUGGAUUGGAUUGAGCCGUUUUCCCUUAGCGGUUGUGUGUGGUUGCUCGCUGCUAAUUUUAAAGGACGUUUAAUAUUUAUUGAUGAAUCUAUAUUUUUGGAUGCUGCUUCAGAAUUGUUUAUAUAUAUUUAACUUGAUAGAUUGGUGUGUUAGCAUCAGGCUUGUAAAAAAUUAAUAUGAAUGAAAUACUAAAAUGAAGAUUGUUCUAUAAAUUCAUUUAUUACUGUUCA